ACUUCCGCUGUAGGGAUCGUGGUGCGAGUCAGCGAAUGCAGAUGUUAUCGUUCUGAUUCCAGGUUUCACGAUGGCAGGAGGGACAUUGACGUUCAAUUCCCAGUACAAAAGCCUUGCGGCAGAAUGGCUAGGACUGUCACCCGACCGGCUAGCGAUAAAAGAUGAACCGGAUGUCGGUACAAAAGAAUCAAAACAAGAGCACGUACCAGCCUCUGGCAAAGCAGAUAAGAAAAAGGAAAAAGAACAGACCAUAAAGGUGGAACAGUCUUUUGAAAUAGGGGAAAAGCUGCAAAGGAAGUUAUUUAAAGCAAAGAGAAAGGCAUAUGACCGAGAAAAGGAUGAGACUGCAAGGGUUCAUGACAAGUCUGUCAUAGGAGAGGAGGAAGAGAGUAGGUCAGAGAGUGUGAAGAAGAAGCCGAGGCUGGAGGAAGGGAAGGACGGAAACAGAGUUAAACCACUUACAAUUACUGACCUGAAAACAAGACUGAAAGAUCCUACCCUGUCUAAACCAGCAAGGAAAAAGCUGCGUAAAAGAUUGAGGGUUUUAGAAGAAAAAGAUGGAGCAGCCCUAGCACAUCAUGAUGGACAGAAGCAUGGCUUUAAAGGUCCGAUUGCUGAGAAGUUACAUGCAAAGUUACAGAGAAAGGAAAUUGAUGAAUUUUUGAAAAGUUUUUCAGAUCAUAUGAAGGAUUAUAACAAUAAAAAGAAAAAGAGGAAAAACAGUAUAUCCGAUAAAAUAAAUAAAUUGAAAAACACUAAACAGAACCAGGGUAACAUUAACACCAGUGACCCUACAGAUCAAGAUGAUUCGGACAGUGAUGCUGAAGAGACUGAAUCAGGAAAUCAGAGUCCAGGAAAAGUCAGGAAAAGUGACCGAAGUCCUGUGAAAAAAGACAAUGUGCAACCCUCGAAGAAGAAAACAAAGAAGAAAACCAAGUCCUUGCAUGGUGGUGUUACCAAAGAUAAUAGGACUGACACCACGAAACAUAAAAAAACAACAGACGGAGGUAGCAGCAAGAUUGGUGAGGACAACAAUAGUAAAACUACAGGCAGGAAACGGAAGAGACACAAGAAAAGGAGCAAACAGAAAAACAUAAAAAAUGAUCACAGGCCAGAUGAAAAGAAGCCAGCUCAUCUUCAGGGUGCAGGGAAAAACAGAGUCAGCCAAAAAUUGUCAUCUCCGCAAAAGAACAACUCGGAAUGAAUUAAUAAUUUGUUGUACUUAUUGCGAGAAACAGAGGUAAAAACAGAAGACCUGACGUAACCGUUGACAACAAACUCUGGUGUCCAGCAAUACAUGCAAAAUGUAUUGGUAUGCUUUGGCAAAUAGCCCAGUAAUAACAUCAGAAAGAUUUUUCAUCUUGUGAAAUUCAUAGUAUGGAUGUUGACAUCAGGAUAUUUUCCAUGUGUCACCUCUAAAUGCUUCACAAGACAAUAUCUUUCAGGGGAAGCCUCAUGGGUAAAGCCUUUGCUCGUCACGACGAAGACCUGGGUUUGAUUCCCUACAUGGGAUAAUGUCUGGAGCCCAUUUUAGGUGUCCCCUAAAAGCGGGGUAAAAACCAAACUCACUGGGUAAUAUUUUUCACAUAUAGAUGAUUGGGAAAUGCUGAACGGUCAAUAGCCAACAGUCCAACAAAACCACUGUAGAAGAUGAAUUUGUUUAUGCAAACUUAUAUGAUGAUGACCCAUAUGUGGUGUUAUUAGUGGUAAAUAGGAGGACAUGCCAGACUGAUUGUGUUCAACAUGAAUUAGCUCAACUGAUCAUUCACGCAAUGAUGGUGACUGUAGAAACUAUUUGAAAUAAGAGAAUUAAAUUUGAGUAUUUGA